AAGUGCAGAGUGAGAUUCGUGCCGCCUGGCGGAACGGUCGCGUGUGUCUCACGAGAAGAAGCGGUUAUUAACUGGAAACAUUUGUCGAGUUCACAGUGCAGUGUUGUCGAUACAUGAUACAUCUAGAAAAUGUCGUGAGAUUGAUCAAUUCAUAAUCUGACAGUCAUUCCUAUAAUAUUUUAGACACGAACCACUAAAUAAUAAACACUCGCGAGGCUCAGAAGAAAGCGCGUUUGGUCUUGAUUUUCUCCAGACUCAGAAACUGUAGGGAGGAAGUUCAUUUGGGCGUGUUUUAAAUGUCCACUUCCAGUACCAGUACACUAGCGGUUUUUGGGCUUGUGAUGGUCAAACAUGAGCGCUGAGCGUCAGAAGCGCAGAGAGGAGAUUCGGAGAGCGCUGAGCUUCAUCAAGUACGGCAAACUAUCAAACCCUGAAUGUUCCCUGCCUUAUCCGGACCCUGCAGGCUAUGAGGGGUUUGUGGUUCAGCUGGUGUGUGAUCUCUUAGACGAGGGCAACGCCUCGUUUCGAGAGGGCGAGUGGACUCAGGCACGGGCUCAUUUCAGCGAGGGCGUCAAUGUGUCUCUUUACGCUCAGGCCGAGGGGCUUCACGUUCCCAACGCCCUGCUGGAGAGUCUCUACAUCAACCGUGCCGCCACACAUCAGAACAUGGGUGAGUUUGACAGCGGGGUGAGGGACUGCGACCGCGCUCUGGAGGUGUGUAAAGACCGCGCUAAAGCGUUAUACCGUAAAGCCGUGUGCCUGAAGGAGUCUGGGAGACUGAGGGAGGCGUAUGACUGCAGCGCUGCGUGUCUGCUGGCCUCACCGCAGGACCAGACGGUCAGUAAUUUGUCCCAGGAAAUUGCAGUUAGUCUAGGCCUGAGAAACAGAAAAGCGUACAUCAGUUCUCAGCGUGGGAAAGCAUCAGGAUCUGAGGACAACAGGCUCAUAUCGCCACCUUUAGAUGAGAUAUCGUCCGUCGAGCCGGAGAGAGUGGCUGACUCUGCAGCGGGUUUGUCUCCUGUGUUACCGGCCCCGGUCCCCGUGAGCGACUCCCAUGAGGCCCUGGGUCUGUCGGUGCCCGUGUCUCAGCCGCUGGAGGACAAUGACCUGAUGGGGGACGAGCUGGACAGUCUGCUGGACUGCAUGUCCAAAGAGGAAGACACACCGCAGACUGGAGUCGUUUCCCCCGGUCGGGUGUGUUUCCCGUCUCCGUCUCCUCGUCUUCCUCCGGCGUUCUUCUCCUCCGUCGGGAGUCAGUUGAACUCGCUGGACUCUUUCAUUAAGCCUGAGACGAACUCGUGCUCCACCCUGGACGCGUUGGACUCCAUAUUUCCGUCCACAGACGUGGUUCUCCCGCAGCGCCCUCUGGUGGUGGGAGGAGACGUGCUCGACUCGCUGUCUGAAUUCACUCUGCCAGGUGGGAAAGUUGGUCGUAGUUUUCUGCCGUCGGUCAAACUGACGAACUCUUCUCAUGAGAGGAAUGGUCAUGUGACCUCCACUCGUUCCUGUCUGUCCAAGAACCCACUGGAACAAACACAUGAAUUUGCUCAAGCCUGCAGCAGCUGCUUCACUUCUACAGGUCCAGGUGUGCUGGAUUUUGAGCUCAGGUCUGAAGUGAACCACAGCUGUCAGAAGGACCUUCUGCUGUGCCGGCGGAGGGGCGGAGCUAACUCGCCCUGGAGGCGGAUCCGGCCCCGCCCAACUCGCAACAACUUCCAUGCGGCCUUCGCGCUCUGCAGAGAGGUGUUGGAGAGUCAGGUGUGUAAGUACGGUGAGGGCUGCACGUUUGCAUAUUGUCAAGAAGAGAUUGACGUGUGGACGCAGGAGAGGCGGGGCUUACUCGUCCGAGAGCUGCUCUUCAAUCCACUGGCGACCAAUGAGAGACAAGCACUCAGCGUCACCACACUGCUGAACACACACACGGGCAUGUUCAUGUUCCUCUGUGAGGCCUGCUUCGACUUUAAACCCAGAAUGAUCAGCCGACGCUGGAAGGAGGAUCCCGAUGUGUGUGCCAAUCUGCAAACACAACAUCAGUUCGACAAGAAGAAGUGUUUGGUCCACGUGGUGAAGAGCAGCGCUGUGAGUUACAGUAAGAUCCGAGAGCUGAGUCCUCGCUGUCAGUUUGACAUGUGUCGUCAUGAGCUCAGUGUGGGCUGUAAGAUGGAGGACGGCUGCUGCUUCGCUCACUCGAUCAUCGAACUGCAGAUCUGGAUCCUGCAGAGAGACUCGGGAAUCAGCCACGAGGAGAUCGUGCAGGAGUCCAAAAAACACUGGAACAAACAGCGACCUGUGUUUGUGGCUUCACGAUCACCAAACAAAAUCGCUGCUGCCAAAUCAAAAAGUCCAAUCAGAGCAGAGCAAACGAAUGGGGUGGUGCAAGGAACAGGAAGUGCAGACGCAGCUGAGGUCAAAGGUCACGAGCUGGAGCUGAUGCUGAUGUUUGUGUGCGGUCAGUGCUGGAAAGACGGGCUGGUCAGCGAACCGGACCGAGCGAUGAAGUACUGCACCGCUAAAGCCCGACACAGCUGGUCCAAAGACAGGAGGGUUUUACUGGUCAAGUCUCACAAGAGGAAGAAGUGGGUCUCGGUGCGUCCUGUGCCCUACGCCAAGACCUUUCCUCAGCAAUACGACAUCUGCAUCCAUGUGCUGCAGCAGCGGAAGUGUCAUUACAUCGGGAACUGUUCUUUCGCUCACAGUCAGGAGGAGAAGGAGCUGUGGACGUACAUGAAGAACAAAGGCUUCACAGACGUCCAGCAGGUGUUUGACGUCUGGCUGUCCAAUCAGAACAGAGCGUCAGAUUGCGCCUCGCCGCCCCAGCCAAUAGAAGAGAAGCAGAUCACCAUGCCGACGGAUUUUGCCGAACUGAUGCAGGACAGCUUCUACUGCCCUCUGUGUGGGAAACACAGUAACAGCGAUCGGCAGUGGCAGCAGCACAUCUCCUCGGAGAAACACAAGCUCAGGGUGUUCAGCGGAGAGGGAGAGGACGAGAGUCUGACCUGGUCCUAUCGCUUCCCUGGACCCUGUUUCUCCAUCUGUCCCAGGUUUGAUGAUGGCUGUACUGAUGGCAUGAGUUGUGACUUCGCUCACAGCGAGGAGGAGCUUCAGGAGUGGCUCAAACGAAGGGAUUUUCUGCGUUUGACGUUGGAAAAAGCCAGAGCCGACAUGCUGAUUUCUCCAAACGACAACGACUUUGGGAUUUACAACUUCCUGCUUCAGAAAUAAACAAACAAGCUCGCAUUUGUACUGUGUCUUGAGAGUUUGAUCAGGCGAGUUACUGCAGGGCCUGAUGAGUGUUCACGUUUUAAUGAAGGUGAAAGACGUUAAUGUCUAGAUUGAACUCUCUGUGUGUUUAAUGAACGGAUGUUUUACUUCAUGUUGCUUUAAUAGAGAAUCUCUGCUGUGAAACGGCUGUAUGCAGUUCAGUAUAUUAGUUUGACUCUGGAGUGACUCUGGAUUCUUGAACUGCUGUUGGUUAGUGUUCAGACACUGAACGUUUCUGUUGUUGCAGGAUUUGUCCAGGACUUUACUAAGAUUGGCACAGAAGUGUUUUUUUUUUUUUUGUACGUUUGUUUUAUUCUUGCGUUAAUUCACUGUUUAUACAAGACAAUGAAACGGUUAACACAUUUUGAUCAUUGUAUUAUGUUAUCAACAUUAUUUUAUGAAUUAUGUUUAAUUGUUUUAGUAUCUGUUUUUAUUUGAAUAAAUCAAUGGU